AUGGCCACGCUCACAAUCGCAAAUGCCAGCUGGACUGGCAUCCGCUGUACAUUGAAGGCACAGGACACAGUGAAGGCGAGGGUUGUGAGCACAUAUUCUCAUCUUUUAACAAUCUUGCUCGUGGUACUAGACAUGCUUCCACCUUUCAUCGACAUCAAGCAAUUGAACAAUACUUUACGUUUUGGGAUGCUGAUAACUACAUUUUUUAGGAAUCAUUAUCAUGAAGCCUCCAAAGCUAUAAACACGCUUACGGCCGAACUUGAGAUUAUAAAGGUUGAACUACACCUUACCGAGACAGAUUUUGAAUGGUUUUAUGCCGAGGAACAAAAACAUCUGACCACUCUGACACAAUAUCCAGUUAAAGACCAGCUCUACACGCGAUACAUUGAAACACUUGAUGAAUUACACACUCGACAGAAUGAAUGGGGAAAUGCACGUCAGAUGGCCAAUAAUGCAUUAUCCACCUCACAUAGUGGCAGUAUCCAAGACAUUAACAAUGCUCUCUUGCAGGCUCGGAUCCGUGUUGAUAAUGCAUAUGCUAGGCUACAAAAUUCAGAGAAAAAUGUCAGUGACCUUGAGGUACAACUAUGUAUCAAAGAACGAUGGGCUAUAGGAAGCACAGAGUAUAACCGUUACCAGGAGGCUAAGUCUAUUUCAAAGUAUCAAACAACGGUAGACAAUUUGGAGUGUCUCACUGUCAUGAGGCUCUUUGAGCUGUCAAAGAUUUUAAUGCCAGGGACAGGACUGGACAAAACCAGCAAACAGGGCGGCUUGUGUCAAGUAUUUAAGCUAUGCCGGGCUCGUGAAGAAAUUGUUUGGUUGAAUGUUGAAAUGCACUGGAAACGUGGCAUAGGUGUCCAACUACAAGAUUGCCUUGCCACUGCUGCCGAAAAACGGCCUGCCCCCUCAGGUGAUUUAACAACAAGACAGGAGCAUGCAGAAAUGGUUUAUGACGCUUUUAACUUCAUUGGAACUCUAUCCUGA